ACCUACCACGGAAGUUGUUUCAAAAAUGACCUCAAGAACAUGGCAGAAGCACUCUUUACCCAAUGGACUUUUGUUAAUUUUAGUCAUUAAACUCUGAAGUGACGAACAUUAUUAUCCUUCAUAUUAUUUGCAAUGGAUGUCAAUUUGUUGUACUGGAAAUGCCAUGGUCAGUCUUUCUUUAGUCGUUUCAACAUAUGGGCGAAUCUUCUGAAUCCAUCCUCCCUGCUCACCUCAGAUGCUGAAAUACAAAAAGUGCGCACCCUCCUUGGAAGUGGGGAGAAAGUCAGCAAAAAGGAUGAGCAUGAGUGGACCAUCGCCCUUUCGUCAGUCCAUGCGGAUUCUGGUUCUGUAAUUCCACUGUUUUUCCGCCCUCCAGCAUUUUUUCCAUUAAACGUUCCUUUGGUUGUUGGAAGCAUUUUGCCACACACAAGCGUCAAAUCAGCUGUCUUUUGGCAGUUUUUACUACACAGUUACACCGCCGGUUUUAACUACGCAAACAGAAAUUCCUCUUCAGAAAAGGAGGGCAAAGCGGCAAAUUUGAAUCAGCGCCUCUUGAUAGCAGGGGCGGUGUCAUAUGCAGCGUGUGCAGGGGCCCUUCCUCAAAUUAUUGUGAACCGCCUUGGAUUAACAAACCCAGACGUCCUGAAGUUUUUUAGGUUUUUCAUACCGAUCCCACUCUCAGCUGCUCUUGCCUUCUUCAACGUAUAUAUCGUCAGAGGGGAGGAGUUUGAAACUGGAAUCCAAGUGUUUGAUUCAGAUGGGAAUCCCAUUGGCUUCUCUAAAGCAGCAGCAAAGAAGGCUGUGAUGGAAACUGCGUGGUCAAGAGCAGCGCUGUUUGGCACAGCUAUUGCCGUUCCUAAUAGCCUGGUUGCAGCCUUGGAGAGAACAAGAUCUUUCAAGAAGAACACCAUGCUGGCAGCUUCUAUCCGUCACAUGAGUGUAGCUUUGGUCUUCGGCCUGAUGAUCCCACUGUCCUUUAGUCUCUUCCCUCAGUUGGGGAUGAUAAAGACAGAACAUGCUGAGAAGGAGCUGCAAGCCAAGGCUGUUAAAGGAUGCUUAUUCUACCACCGAGGACUCUGAGCAACACUUUAACACAGAGGUGUAAAAAAUUCCAUGACAAAAAAAAACUGUUAAAAGAGGAAUAAAAGGGCAUCAAGGUGAAAUGUAACGAGAAUAAGUUGAAAUGUUGACUAAUAACACAAAGCUGCCACGCAGGCUGUUUUUUGUUUAAAACUGCCAUUUCUCAAAAAAUUAAAUUGGAUCAAAAUCA